AAUGAAGGGAAUUGAAUAGGCCGAAAGUGGGAGCAGAAGAGUGCCAUAUCGUGGACCUUCAACAUCUGCUUGCAGUGCGGGGUACGCAUGUUCCGCCCCCUGCCUAUAUAAUACCAUAUGUUCUUUGCAAUUUCAUAGGGAGUCUUCGAGGCAGACACUACCUAAAGUUAUGGGAGCAGAAACAUUGUUAAAGAAUGGGGAGGCUAGGGUUCAGCUUGACCCUAAGGUUCCUCUCAUACUGGGACUCCAACCAGCUGCCCUCAUCGAUCACGUGGCUCGUGUCGACGGGUCCUUGUUCGAUCAAAUUCCCGGUGAACGUGGUGGCUCUAUUCCGGUGGCGAUGGAGGAGCUUGAGCAUAUAUUAAGCGAGUUGAAAAGGCACGUCCUUGCUUCAGCUGAUGAUUCAUCUCCUAUGAAAACUAUGGCUGGGGGAAGUGUUGCAAAUACUAUUCGAGGGCUUAGCUCAGGCUUUGGGGUUAACUGUGGUAUGAUUGGGGCCUAUGGGGAUGAUGAACAAGGUCAAUUGUUUGCAUGUAACAUGAACACUAGUGGGGUUAAUGUUUCAAGGUUGAGAAAGAAGAAAGGGCCUACAGCUCAGUGUGUAUGCCUAGUUGAUGCAUUUGGCAAUCGUACAAUGCGACCUUGCCUAGCAACCGCUGUAAAAGUUCAGGGGGAUGAACUGACCAAAGGGGAUUUUAGUGGUUCCAAGUGGCUGGUGAUGAGAUUUGGGGCAUUCAAUUUGGAAGUUAUUCAAGCAGCUAUAAGAAUUGCCAAACAACAGGGUGUCUCUGUUUCGUUGGAUUUGGCAAGUUUUGAGAUGGUGCGGAAUUUUAGAGUACCUCUUCAACAGUUACUGGAGUCAGGGGAUAUUGAUCUCUGCUUUGCCAAUGAGGAUGAGGCAACAGAAUUGCUAAGGGGUGAAGGGAAUGCACAUCCCGAAGCUGCAGUUGAAUAUCUGUCCAAAUAUUGCAGGUGGGCUGUGGUUACAUUAGGGUCCAAUGGAUGCAUUGCGAAACUUGGGAAAGAGAUUGUCCAAGUUCCGGCAAUAGGGGAGGCAAAAGCAGUUGAUGCCACAGGAGCUGGAGACCUAUUCGCUAGUGGUUUCUUAUAUGGAUUGGUGAAGGGAUUAUCUCUUGAGGAAUGUUGCAAAGUGGGGUCAUGUAGUGGUGGAUCAGUUAUUCGUUCACUUGGGGGUGAGGUAACCCCUGAGAAUUGGCAAUGGAUGUACAAGCAGAUGCAGAGGAAGGGCCUCUCACUUCCUGAUAUUCGGAACUGAAUGUCUCCAUAACAAAAUAACUAUUCAUUUUCACAGACAUCACCGUGGCUUUUGUUUUUCCGAACGAAAAGGGCAGCCUUAGUUGCAUUUUGGGGCUCAAUUGAUUUGAUCACACGACUCCUUAUCCGCAGAAGCAUCAACAUAUAUGCAAUGUUGAGUCAUCAUCGGGUAAUUUCUGUAGAAAACUUAUUUGCAAGGACCUCAAAUCCUUAUUCCGAGUAUUAUCAAGAGGCAAAAGCCUUAUGUUACCUUA